CUUGUUUGAAGAGAGGGGAGAGUGAGACCCCUGGCCGUCCACGCCAUCCGGCCGCAGGCUGCUUUCUUCCAUGUACAGUACAAGAUAGUGACUGCAUCCUGCUGUAUGAUGCUCGAUUACCAUGCACGUAUAUUAUGGCUAUGACGCUGUGAGGCUGUGACUUUCUACCCAAAGGGCCCUUCCCCAACCCAAGUUCCAUGAUGACAUGGGGAAGCUUCGGUCUAUCUUUUCAGGCCCCGUCACGGCCGAACUUUGACAUUGCUUCUACUCAUGCUAAGGAAUGUCUAUCUAUCUCGGCCCCGAGGCGUCCUCUUGUUGCCUUGGCGUCCUUCGCGCCAUUACAAAUCCGGCCAGAUCAAGGUGAGACCCUCACACGGCCACGACAUCGCUCUUCAGGCUGAGGCAUUGAAUAUCAUACAUAGCGUCUCAGAAUGCCGCUGCCUGAAUUGGCCUGAAUUAUAUAUCACGAUGUGAUGAUAUGGAAGUCAAACAUGGUCGGCGACGCAGAUGCAGCUCAGACGCAGAUUCCACCGAGCCAGAAUCAAAUCGCAACUUCGAAACAUGGUCUACAACGGGCCUAGUCUAGGUUGUAGGUCGUGUCGAACACGAAGAGUUAAAUGUGACCAAACCAAGCCUGCUUGUAACAACUGCACCAGACGGCGACAAGAGUGUCCAGGGUACGCCGACGUCUUCGACGGCGCUCACAGGUCACAGAAUGAAAUAGUCCUUAGGAAAGCAGGAAAAGGCAAGCGAGUGGUCCGGGAAUCGUCACGGAAGACGCGCUCCGACCCAAGUAGUCCCGAUACAGAUGAAUCGACCGAGCGGACCAAGUCAACGUCUAAUCCACCAACACUGACCGCCCUAACACUCAGAGCCAGAUCUCCCUCGAGCGUAGAUUCGUCGUCCGCGACUAGCAAUUCUUCACCUGCCGCUACUCAUACGUUCACCGGCAACCAGCUUCAGUGGAUACCCUACACAGUAAAAACUAGCCGAGAUGAUCGCGCAUCGCGUGAACAGACGCCUGGCUCAAACAGUUCACUUGAACCAGAAUCAAGAAUGACGACAAUAGCGAGUGCCUUUGAAGUUACGCCGUAUCUCAUCCCUGUCCACAUUCAACCGAAUGGUUGCGACGCAGCAGUCGGCUUCUUCUUUCGUCAUUAUGUUGGAAGAAAAACCGGCGCGCCCAGUCGACUGGGUUUCAAUCAAACAUGGCAGCCCUCAUAUCACAAUUCGAUGGAAGACUCUCCAUUGCGACUGGCCACUGCGGCUGUGAGUGUCAACAUUAGCAUGAUGUGGAGUUAUCAGGGUUGCGAUACUCAACUCCCUCGGAGCUUGUUCCUACAAGCCAUCGCCGCAACCCGUCAUGCCGUGGUCGAUCCCGUGGAAAGUCUGUCCGACGAACUUCUCAUGACCAUCCUCGUCUUCGACCUUUACGAUGAUCUUCUUCUGCAUUACGGAUCAGGUACAUAUAGCCACGGCACACACAAGCGCGGGGCUCUUGCCCUGGUCAACCACCGAGGCUCGGUGAACCAUCAGAGCCUCCAGGCCAGCUCUCUGCUCGACACAGUGCGCAAUUCUCUGCUGAAUCAUUAUCUGACUCGAAGGCUAUCCUUCUCGCCAGCCGAAGUCCAUAUCCUCGAACGCGCUGAAACCUCCUCUGCCCCAGCCGGAAGUCUUGACAUGGCAUCAUUGCCGCUAGUCCAAGUACAAGGCGAUCUCUGGACUUUUCGAGAGAAGAGAUACCGACGUACCACACUACAACGAAGAGCAUUUUACGAACAAACCAUCGCGAAGGCCGUGCAUGUUCUCGAAAUCUUUGAGAGUUGGAGCUCGCAUUCGGCCAGGUCAGGAUUACGAGAGCUCCAUGUUCCACGGCAAUCGGUGUUGCCAUCGAUCGUAUCCGCUGGCUUGUAUGGGGAUCACUGCUCCGUCUGGGACAAUCUCGUGUUGGGCAAUCUGUCGAACACGUAUGCAGUCCGCAACAUCUGCGCAUUACAGCUGAUCCGGCAGGCACUCGCCGACGAGCCUACAUUAUUACUAGAAUCCAAAUACCGGACGCUUCUCACCGAGACCGACAUCAAGAUCCAAGAUUUUGCCGACAAGGUGGUCAGCUCAGUGCCUUUUCAUCUAGGUGAUACAGUGGUUCUCACCAACCCGCUCGACUGCGACCGGAUCAACUAUCCAUUCAGUUUCAAGAGCGACCCCGAGACGGGAUUGAAUGUGAAACUGCCAAGUCUCAUGUCUGAUCACGCUUCAAUGGCCGCGGCGACAUCAGGCUGGUUUAUAUAUCCAAAGCUCGUGGCCCUCUACCGCUUGGCCGAGCCCGAGGACGACGCAGUUCCGUUCUUCUUGCGCGAAGGUCAGCUUGAUUGGAUUAAGGGCCAGAUCGUAAGACUUCAGAGGAUAUUCCUAUUCACGGACCCACCGUGGUUCAAGAGACAGCCUAAGGCGUCUCGAGGCAAAGGACGCGGGGUGACUUCUUAACACCCCUAGUCGCAGUUGUCUGGCAUCAAAUACCGUGUCUGGGAAUUGCAAGCGUUGGCGUGUGUGAUUCUCUGUGCGGAAUUAUCACAUCUGGGUAUAAUAUUGACCACAUAGCAUGACAAUACCCACCGAUCUAUCAAACUUUCCAUCUCACAUCUCACAGUGAUUGACUUUGUUUGACAGCCGUUGCGGCAGCGUCGAGAUGCAUCCUGGAGAUCAUCUUUUCUUGCUCUCUUUACUCAUGAACGCUGGACAACAGCCUCUCUCAGCAUACAUUGCAUCCACACCCGUCUCGCACCCAUGCUUUCCUCCUUUCCUGACCCUCAGUUACAGUUUUGAGCUCUACAAACCUUCAUGUCUGGUUCACUAUCAGUAAGCAUGGAAUUGAGUUGCAAUAAGCAUUUUUCAGAAGCCACAAUCAGAAGAGCGGACCCGCAACCGUUAACAUUUUGCAUGCCCCAAGGACCCCGAAGACUGUCACUGUCCGCAAAAAAUGUUGAU